CAUCUUAAAGUAGUUCAACCAUGAGAAGUGAACUAUACACAUAUCAACUCGCAGAGUGAGUCCAAGUUGAAUACACUACUAGUGUUACUUUUAUCGCCAUAUCAAUUUGAUUAUCAAUUCAACAACAGACACAACAAUGUAUGCUUCAUCAUUAGCAUUCGGAACCCUAGCUGCUAUAAUCUGUGUGUUAUCAUGUUUACACACGGCUUCUGCUGAUGUUGUUGUUUUGACUCAAGAUAAUUUUCACGACCAGGUCGGUGCUGAUCGUGCCGCUCUCGUUGAGUUCUACGCUCCUUGGUGUGGGCACUGUAAAAAGCUUGCCCCGGAGUAUGAAAAGCUUGCUGCAAGUUUCAAGAAGGCAAAAUCUGUCUUGAUUGGAAAGGUUGAUUGUGAUGAACAUAAAGGAGUUUGUGGCAAGUAUGGAGUUUCUGGGUACCCCACAAUUAAAUGGUUUCCAAAGGGAUCUCUAGAACCCAAAAAGUAUGAAGGACCAAGAACUGCUGAAGCCCUUGCCGAGUUUGUGAAUAGCGAGGGAGGGACCAAUGUUAAAAUAACUUCAGUUCCCUCGAGUGUAGUAAUACUGAGUUCAGAUAACUUUGAUGACGUUGUUAUGGAUACAACAAAGAAUGUCCUGGUUGAGUUCUACGCACCAUGGUGUGGUCAUUGCAAAAACCUUGCUCCUAUUUAUGAAAAAGUUGCAGCAGCCUUUCACAUGGAGGAUGAUGUAGUUAUUGCUAAUCUUGAUGCUGACAAGUAUAAAAAUAUCGGAGAGAAGUAUGGUGUAAGUGGUUUUCCAACUCUGAAAUUCUUUCCUAAAGGCAACAAAGCUGGUGAAGAUUAUCAUGGCGGGAGAGAUUUGAAUGACUUCGUGUCUUUCAUCAACGAGAAGUGUGCUACUAGUCGUGAUGCAAAUGGACAACUCACCUCUGAGGCUGGUAUUGUUUCAAGUUUGGACAGCAUUGUAAAGGAAUUUGUAUCUGCUGACAAGGAUGAAAAGAAAGCAGUUUAUGCCCGUCUGGAGGAAGAAGUUGGGAAACUUGAUGGUUCUUCUGCAAGAUAUGGCCAGAUCUACCUAAAAUCUGCUAAGAGCUGUAUGGAUAAAGGUUCUGACUAUCCUAAGAAUGAAAUAGAACGACUGGAACGUCUUCUUUCAAAGACAAUAACUGCAGCUAAAGCUGAUCAAUUUACACUUAAGAAGAACAUCCUAUCAGCCUUUUCUUAAUAGCCAGUCAAGAGGAACCAGGUUUCUAUUGCUAUAUAGCUUGAAUGUAUUCUUGAUUUGCAUCCGCAUUUUGUUAAAAUAUGUCAAUCGUUUUUCAGUAUAUGUAUGGAUUAGCUGAACACAGUUUAGGCUAUUGCACAUUGUGCACCGAGAAUUAAGUUUAGAAGAGAGAGGAUUAUGUUGACUGUAGUCAAUAAUGUAAAAUUAUUUAUAAAUAGGAUUUACUCCUUUAGUGUC